AUGGACGCUUUCGAGCGCCCGCCUCAGCGCGAUUCGUGGUUUGCACCAAUCUCGAUCGACCUCGUCCUCAAGGUCCUCUAUGUCACAUUUUUCCACCCGUUCGUGGCAUGGCUCAUCCCAUUGUGCUUCCGCGCCGAGCACAUGGGCUGGGAAGCCACGCCGAUGCGCGUUUCCAUCGUCUAUGCCAUUUUCAUCACGACAUGCUGGGUGCUGAGCGCUUUCAACAAGCGUGUUGCUUUUGGCACCCCACGCUCUGUCGACCUUAGCGAGGAGGUCAUCGUCAUUACUGGAGGCGCAAGCGGGCUGGGCCUGCUGAUUGCAGAGGUCGUGGCCGUGUUGGAUAUCAAGGAGAUGUCCAACGGCGAGGCACGCGGCGUGUCGUUCUACAAGUGCGACGUCACCGACAGGGAGCAGGUGGCUAAGUGUGCUGCGGAGAUCGAGAAGGAUCUCGGAUGCCCGACCGUUCUGAUCAACAACGCGGCCGUCGUGAAUGGCAAGAAGCUGCUCGACAUGGACUUUGCCGACGUCGAGAAGAGCAUCCUGACGAACCUCCUGUCGCACUUUUACACGCUCAAGACGUUCAUCCCCGGCAUUGUGCGCGGCGGCCAGGGCGGCACGAUCGUGACGAUCUCGAGCGUCAUUGGCGAGGUCGGGGCGGCGUAUCUGACCGACUACGCAGCUUCCAAGGCCGGACUUGUUGCGCUGCACCGGUCGCUGACGGCCGAGCUCAAGGCUGACCACCCGGACAUUCGCACGGUGCUGGUGACGCUGGGCCAGCUGAGCACGCCGCUCUUCUACGGUGUCCAGACGCCCAACUCGUUCAUGGCGCCGGUGGUGGAGCCGGUGGACGUGGCCAAGGAGAUCAUCGCUGCCAUUGACAACGGCAAGGCCGAGUUCAUCGGCAUGCCGUUCUAUGCCCGUUGGAUCGACUGGUACAGCGUGAUGCCGGUGGGUCUGCAGCAGAUCGUGCGGUGGAUCGCGGGCGUGGACACGGCAAUGAAGUCGUUUAUCGGGCAGAAGGCCGGCAGCAGCAGUGAGAAGAAGAGCGACAUGCUCAUCGAGACGCUGUGA